GGAAGGGGGAAGGGGUCCCGGCAAGGGCGACGGGCAGCAGUAGGGGCAGCAGCAGUAGGAGCUAGGGGACAAGAAGCAGCAGCAGCGUCAGAUGGGAGGGCAGGAGGAGAAGAGCUGCAGGUAGUGAGACUGCAGGAGCAGGCAGUUGCUGUUCCAGACCCUGUGCAGGCGAUAAUGGGGGGUGUUUCUGCACUUCAGAUUCCUCUUCAAGAGGUGGGUGGACAGGAGGCGGUUGGGGGCGAAGUUGGGGGGGAUGGUGAUAUGUCUGCGAUCUACGCUGCUGGGUAUGCUGCAGGACUGGCAGCCGCCCGGGCUGCUGCUGCCAGAGCAGCAGGCGCUGCCGCUGCUGGUGCUGCUGCUGGUGUUGCGGAUGGGGUUGGAGCAGAGGGGGGAGUGGCGGUGGGGGGAGAAGCAGGGGGCAUGGAGGGGGGGCUUGGUGUAGGGGGUUUCGAUCUUGAUGCCACAGGCUUUGCAGAUGGCGAGAUGGGGAUGGGUGGUGGGAUGGAGGGAGAAGAGUAUGGAGCUGAGGCGGUGCCAGCAGGAGGGGAAGGAGAGGAAGGAGGGGAAACAGGAGGAUUUGGAGGAGGGGAAGAGGAAAUGAUUUACUCGACUCGGGUGGCGGAUAUUAUUCAGAAGCCGCAUAAGUGGGCGGCGAUGCUGGGCGGGAAAGGGCACAACCGAACCAACCAGCCGCCGGACCAGUCUGGUAUGGAGGGAGCCUUGGCGCGGUGGUUCGGGGAGGAGCAGCAGAGGGUCGGUGGUGUGCCGAGCGAGCAGGUGAUUGAGAAGGCCAAGGAGCUGGGGUAUUCUUUCGGGUUUCCCCCAACUUUCAAGUACACAAGGGCGUGGGUGUACCGCGUGUUGUCGCACUUGGGAUUUUCCCAGGAGGCUAUAGAUGCGGCGUGUGAGGACUACCCUAACGAGGAUGACUCUGCUGGGCCUUCCUUGAUUGAGUUAGCGGAUCAGAUGUUUGGGCAGGAGCUGUUUAAGUCCCGGGCGAACCAGAAGGGACGGAAGCCCAGAGACUGGUGGGCGGAGAACCUGCUGGGGAGGAAGUCGGGGACUGGGACAGGGAGAGGGAGGGGGAGGGGGAGAGGGGCGGGGAGGGGCGAUGGGGGGGUUUUGGGGGAAGGGGCGGAGUGGGAGCAGCAGCAGCAGCAGCAGCAGCAGCAGCAGCAGCAGCAGCAGCAGCAGCAGCGGCAGCAGGGGGAUGUGUAUGGGCAGGUUGGGGGAGGGAUGCAUGGGCAGGAGCUAGGAGGAGGGGGAUAUGCGCAGCAAGGGGGGUAUGCUCAGGGAACUGGACAGGGGUACGGGCAGGAGAUAGGGCAGGGACACGGGCAGAUGACAGGGCAGGCGAACGGGCAGGGCCAGGGGUACGGGCAGGGGACAGGGCAGGGGUAUGGGCAGGAGAGUGGUUUGGGGUAUGGGCAGGAAGGGGGGCAGGCGAGAGUGGGAGAGGGGGAUCAAGAUGAUGUUAUCCCAGGUGACUUGUUUGAGGAGCUGGAGGGAGGAGAGAUGGUGGUGGUUCGGACAGCUGACGGUGUUGCUGGUGAUGGUGGUGAUGGUGGUGGUGGUGCCGUGGGUGCUGGUCCUUCUUCCCACCAGCCUCUCGACUCGGCCGCUUUUGCAGCGAGCUCCUUGAACGAAUCAGCCCCAUUCACUGCUGCAAACAGCAUGAUCGGAGGAACCGCCAACACUGCAAACACUACAAACACUGCCAACUCGCUAGACUAUGGGGAUGACGGUGAAGACUCGGAGGGUUACCAGCCCGAUCCGAAGCUAGUAGAGCUCGCCAUGGCUGAAGCCAGAGCUGCGGCGGAGGCUCGGAGGGUGAUCACCGAGGCUGACCUCGCAAAUGCGGCGCAGAUCGAGGUUCUGCCCCGGAAUCCGAUCACGGGCAGGGUGAUUAGUAAAGAGGAGCUGCAGACUAACCCGGUAUAUACGGAAUAUUACCGGCUUCUGGAAGAGCAGAAGGAGUUUAAGGAAAAGAACAAGAAAAUCACAACGUGUGUGCGAACCAUCAAGAUGCGAAAGGCAAUCUGUCUACUCAAGGAAGCUCGUCCGUCUCUCACAAACCAAGAGAUCAUCCACAUUAUACUGGAGUCCUGCGGUCCUGUGAUUGCAGCGAGUAUUUCCCCUGCAGCCCUCCGGUAUACCCUCCGCAAGAGCUACCAGUACUUGAACGCCGACCUGAACAAGCCGAAAAGGCCUGUCCCGAGGCGGGUUGAGUUCCCGGAAUUCGAAGAGGCACUCGCGGCGUGGGUGCGGGAGAUGCGGGCGAAGUAUGGGAAGGAGAAUUUGCUGUACGAGGAUAUUCUGGCAUAUGCGCAGAAGCUGGCUCCGAGUUUCGGGAUUGCGGAAAAGAAUCCCAAGUUCAAGUUCCACAUGUCGUGGAUUCUGAACUUUGCGGGGAGGCAUGGGUUGAAGUGGCGAACGAAAGAGGACCUGCGUGCGAACCGCAAGGGUGGUGGUGCGACUGGGGAUGGUGGUGCUGCUGGUGGUGGUGGUGGUGAUGGUGGCGGUGGUGGUGGUGGUGGUGAUGGUGCUGGAAGGAGCAGUGGGAGAGGGAGAGGAGGGAAUACGUCUGGGGUAGGAGAGAGUGAUGGUACAGAGAGUGACAAUGGCGGGCGGGAGGGGUACGGUGAGGGCGGCGGGACAACGGACGGUGGCGAUGGGAUCACAACGGACGGUGGAGAGGGGAACACCACGGAUGGGGGAGGAGAAGGGACGGACGUAGAAGGGGAAGGGGAGGGGGAAGGGGUAGGGGAAGGGGGUGGGUUUCUAGGCAUGGAUGUGAACAUGCAUCUGGGGAAUGUAGUGACAGGGCUGGUGCGAAAGCAACGGGAUGAGAAGACAGUGAGGCGGAACAAGAUUUGGAACACUGCAGCUGAUAAGCUUCUGAAGGUGGUGGCUCAGUUUGUGGCGGAAAGGGAGGCACGGGUGCGGAGAGGGGAGGAGGAGGAGGGAGAGGGGGACGAGCGGUGGGACGGGGAAAUGGGAGUUGAAGGGUUGUUAAAGAAGAGGUGGAAGAGGAAGAAGACCGGGCGGCCGAGGAGGAGGGUAGGGGUUGUAGGGGCGGGUAGUGGUGGAGCAAAGACAGCGGCGCAGGGCACUGGGAAGAAGAGAGGAAGGAAGAAGAAGCAGAGCGGGGAAGCGGAUGGGGGCGCGGGAGGAGGAGGGGAGGGAGGUGGCGGGGAGGGUGGUGGGGAGGGUGGUGGGGAAAGCGGCAGGGAAACUGGACCGGAGAGUGGAAGGGAGAGUGGGAGGGAGAGUGGGAGGGAGGGAGGGAAGAAGAAGCAGCAGCGCAAGCAGUACCAGGAGGUGCUGGUGACGUGGAAGCUUGCCCUCAUCUCCCUCGCCCGGGCCAGGCAGGACCUUCCCCACUCUGCUGUCAAACGGGCCGUUCAAGCCAGGUAUGGCGUGGACACAAGUCGCACAGUCAUCGCGGACUACAUGGCGCGGGAGGACAAGGUGCGGUGGCAGGCAAAAGUAAUGAGAGACGCGUACAGGGAGGGGCGUGAAGUGCUGCCAAAGAUGAAGCAGUACACCAAGUUCAUGCGGCUGGAAAAGGCAGUUUCAGACGCAAUGAAGAAGGCCCUGGCGGAUCUGGACAAAGGGGAGGCGCAGGGCAGCGGGAGAGGCGCAGCAGCUCAACCGGGCGUGCUGGGCGGAGGAGUGAGGAUGGGCUUUCAGGGCGCAGGGGAGGAAAGGGAUGAGGAGGAAGAAGAGGAGGCAGGGUUGCCGCGGCAGAUAAUGGUGCAUCCUGAGGCUGUGGUGGAUUAUGCCAACAAGGUGGCACCGCUCUUUGGCUUCCCCCCUUCCAAGAGUAUCACCUUUGCCUGGGUGGCGGGUCUCAUGCACCGGUGGGGCUUCAUGGACCACUGGGCUGUAAAGGCGUCUCCCAGGUGGAAGAAAUGGGCUCCUCUGUUUGAGGGUCAGGGGGAUAAGGAGGGUGGGGAUGGGGGAAGGAGUGGGGGAGGGGGGGGGCAGACUGGGGGGGAAGGGGGCGAAGGGGAGGGAGCAAGGGGGGAGGCAGGAGCGGGAGGAGGAGGAGGAGGAGGAGGAGGAGGAGGAGGAGGAGGAGGAGGAGGAGGAGGAGGAGGAGGAGGAGGAGGAGGAGAAGGAGCAGGCGCGGCUGCUUCUGCUGCUGGUGGGAGGGAGGGCGGGCUAGGGGAGGGAGAGAGAGCAGCAGCAGAAAGAGGGGUAGGGGGAGCAGCAGGGGGAGCGGCAGGGGCAGCUGCAGGGGGAGUGGCAGGGGGAGUGGCAGGAGGGAGUGUAGCAGCCUCGCUUCUAAACUCGCUCAACCUAGCCAACUUGCCUGGACCAAUCCCAGCGUAUCUUCAAGAUAUUGUUGCUGAGCUGGCAGGAAUCCGGGUCGGCGGAGCCUCGGACGUUCUUCCGAACCUGCAGGCAGCGUGGGGAAACCUCGACAAGGCGUCUCCCGAGCCUGUUUCAACGGAUUUUGAAGUCGGUUCGGGCACGGGUUUGGAUAAGGACAGGGGCAGGAAGAGGAAGAGGGGGGAAGGGGAGGGGGGAGAGGAGGGGAGAGGGGAGGAAGAGGAAGCAGAUGGAGGAGAGGGAGAGGCGGGAGGGAGGGAGGAGAGGGAUGCGGCAGUUGCAGCUGUUAUGGCAGCCGGGAAGAUCAAAACGCCUGAGGAGUUUUGGCGGUGGUGGCAGUUUUCAGGGCUUGUAGGGGUGAGAGGCAUGCGGGACGCGUGGAGUGUGCUGGAAGAUGCUUCUGUGGUUGCUGUAGAGGAGGAGGAAGAGGAGGAAGAAGAGGAAGAGGAGGUGGAGAUGGAGGAGGUGGAGGAGGGGUAUGAGGAGGAGGAAGAGGAGGUAGAGGGGGAUGAGGAGGAUGAGGUGGUGGAGGUGGAGGAGGAGGAGGAGGAGGAUGCAGAGGUUGAAGAGUGGGGGGGUGGUGGAGGGAGGGGAGGGAAAGCGAGGGGAGGAGGGACAACAGGGGGCGAGACGGAGACAGGUGGGGAAACGGAGGGAGAAGCAGCAGAGUGGGGCGAUCAUACAAAAGAGGAGGCGAGGGAGAGGAGGAGGCAGCAGAGGAAGGAGAGGAAGGAAAGGAAGAAGAGGAAGAGGGAGAAGAAGAAGGAGAAAGAGAAGAAAAGGAAGAGGGAGAAGGGGAAGGAGAGGGAGAAGAGGGGAAAGAAGAAGGGAAAGGAGAAGAUGGGUGUAAGGGGGGAUGCGCUUGCAGCGUUCACCAGUAUGCUGCAGCAGACGACUUUUGAGGCGCCUCAAAAGGCGUUCACCAGUAUGCUGCAGCAGCAGGCACCAGGAGUAAUGCCGAUGCAUCCUGCCUUCCCCCAAUCCGCCUUCCCCCAAUCCUCCUUCCCUCAACCUCCUUUCCCUGCCGCUGCUGCUGCUGCUGGUGCUGCCCCUGCCUCUGGUGCUCCCCAGGCCCAGGUGACCACGAUCCAGUUCGGGGCGCAGCAGGAAACGCCGUUCGGCACACGCUUUGCCACACCGCCCGCCCUUCACUUGCGCGGAUUCCUGCUGCAGGGGGGUCUCAUCACCCUUCCUAUGCACCUUCUCCUCUCCUCUGCACCUCCACACCUCUCCCCACCUCGCCUCCCUCCUCACCUCCCCAUUCCUCUGCACCUCCCCGCUCCUCUGCACCUCCGCUCCCCUCCCGCAACUCCCUCCUAA